CGACGCUGAAGCGCAUUAAGACGGCGGCGGCGGCGGUCAGCUGACGUCCCGACCGAUCAUAUGGACCGUGAACAAGCGGCGUAUCAUACGUGAUAACGCAUACGACAUUUCCUUUGUUAUUGUUGUUGUUGUUGUUGCGGUUGUCGUCGUCAUUAAGAAUAUAAAUAAUAAUUGUAAUAACAUCGCGCGCGCGGUAAUAAGUGUAAUUACACUACUUGCUCGCCGUACGCGAUCGUUGCGCGAGGCGCGCGGGGCUCGCGCGCGCGCGUGUGUGUACUGUGCCAGUGCGUGUUUUCGCGUGCGCGCGCGCGCGUGUGUGUGUGUAUGAUGUUAUUAUGUACCUGCUUGCGUUAUGCGCGGAUUGGUUGCGUUACCAUUUGUUUUUGUUUUUCAAACGCGUUGUUAUAGACUUAGCCCAGUUUCGGUCCGCUAUUGUGUUCGGCCGUUCGCGUUCACAGCGUCCGCCGCAGAGACCGCGCGACCGACGGCACCGUGACCACGGCAGUUCGCGAAAAUCUUUUCGUUUGCAAUAUUUUUCCGCGAUUUAAUAUUUAUUAUUGUUGUUGUUCAUUUUUUUUUUCCCACUUCUGUCGCACUCACCGUUUCCUUAUCGUCAGUUUUUGUGUGCACUCACUUCGGCUGGCCUUUAUUUUUCACCACUCCUCUCGCGUGCGCGCUCGUCCGUCGUUCGAAAACCAGACAUGUGAAACAGUCAACAUGGAAUCCGAUCGCGUAGACGCGUUGCCGUCCGGCCGACGUCGUUAAGAAAAUGGAUAUUCAAACCAAGGGUUUUUACGCACUAUAUAUUUAGUGAAUUAUUGCGUACUGCAAUAUCCAAAAAACAUUAUGUACUUAUGACAUCAUACUAGAAUACAGAAGUCGUGGAAACAGGAAGAUAUCGAUCAAUAGAUCUGUUUUCUAAUAAAAAAUUUCAUCAUUUAUUAUGGAAAACCUUUUAGUUUAUCAUGUUGACAUCGGAAGAUGGAUUACAUGUGAUUUUAGCAUGCUUAAUAAAACAGUAUCUGAAUUAAAGCUUCAAAUUGAAAAAAAGACUGACAUCCCAGUUAACAAGCAAGUUUUAUUAGUCAGUGGCGGAGGUCAUCUAGACCCAUCCAAGGCCGUUUCAUGUUAUUGUGCCGGCACUGAUACAAGCCCAUUUUUUUUGUUUAGUAAAAAUCUAAUUGAUCAUCCUGAAACACCUUCUGCUUAUUUUGACACUAGACCUGACAUAGACUUUACAAGAGAACACCGUAGAACUCAAGGAAUGCUACCUACAAUAGAAGCAUUAAAUGUUAGAGUUUCUCUAGCACAACAAUAUAAUGAAUAUGCUCAAUAUAAUUUAAAUUGUAUAGAAAUGCUUAUCAAUGAUCAACAUAUGAUGCAUCAAGGUUGGUCAGCAGCUGUAGCAAACAUGCUUGAUACAGUGGAAAAAUUUAAAUUUAAAGCGGAUAUAUUUGAAAAUGAUUUUAGACGUUAUUUAAAUGGACGAGAAGACAGUAUUAAUUUACUUAACAAUUUUAAUGAUAUUCUGUUAGAAAUUUCUAAAAUUCCUUUGUUACCGGCUCUUUUGGAAAAUAACUCUGAAGAACGAGCACGUAUGGACAGUUCAACAAAUAAUAUUAAAAGCAAAGUUAAUCAAUCUUUACUUGAAUGGGUAACUGCUCGUCAAGGAUUAACAAAUUUAGAACAUAUAGUUGAACAUUGCGAAAAUAGUCUAAGACAGUUUGAUGAAGAAAUGCUAAACGCUGUUUUACUAGAAGUAUCUGCAAUGAAUGAAUGCUCUAGUCGAAGUGAUUGUUCUGAAAUAAAAGGACUAGAACAUAGAUUAUUUAAACUCGCCCAGAUGAUGGAUGAAAGUAAACGAUUAUCAACAGAACAAUUUAAUCUUGCUGAAGCUAUAAAAAUGAACCACGCAAGAGCAGCUAAUGAAGGUGAUGUAUCAGUUAUAAGUGUGUUAUUAGGAUCUCAUGAUAAACAAUUAGAAAUGAUGAAUAAAAAUAAUUUACGGUUAUGUGACAUUCGGAAUAGAAGUAUUUUAGCUAAACAAGAACUUUGUAAUAUUUUACAUCCACGGCUUAAGUGGUUAAUUGUUAUUGAAAAUAAAGUGAGUGAUGUUGAAGCAAUUAUGUUGUUGUAUAGUGACAGCAUAAAAUUGACUCGUGAAUAUUUGGAUGUUGUUGAACAAUUACAUAACACACCAAAACUUUAUUUUAAUGCAGUUGCUGAAGUAGUCCGAAGGCGAAUAUUUUCUCAAGCCUUACUUAUUUGGUCUAGUGAUCUUGCUUGUCAUAUGAUGGCACGUCAUUCUGAUGAAAUUGCUAAACGUAAAAAUUUCCAAUCUCAAUUUGAAGGUCACUUUUUAAGCCCAUUAUUCCCAGGUCUAGAAGAUAUGCCCCCGGCAUUCGCCACACAAGCACCACCAAUAUUUGAUUAUAACUUACCAAAGCUUUGUUUAGAGGAUUUAGAUAUAUUAAUCAAACAACUGCCACAAAUAGCUCGUAUUACAUCUGUACCCAAUUUUAAUGCCAUUACACAAUUCUUUUUAUCGAAAUCCAUUCAAGAAGAUGGUACAUUAGCUAUUGAAUAUAAUCACGAAGGAAAAUCUGUAGCUAUGGACACAAGUAAUGGGAUGUUAGGAGGUAUGGAAACAAUAGAAGAAAGAUUAAAUGAAGUAAUGACUGCAGUUGGUCUUGGGACUUGUAAUAUUGAUACGCAACAAGAAUCAGAUGUCAUUAAAAGAACACAUUCAGAAAUGGAAAAUGACAGUUAUAAUCCAGACAGCUUUAUGCUAUCGUACAAGUAUAUUGGAGGCCAUCAAGAACAUACUAUCAAGUUACUAAAAAAAUGUAUUUAUAAUUUGGAAAAUGUAGCAAAUAUUUCAAUUAGUAAUUUGCGUUCAGAUUUGAAUAUUUUUAAACAAUGUUUAAUGCAACAAAAUUAUGAUAUGGAUAUUCUUACUAAUGAUUUACAAUCUAAGUUUGAUGUCCAAACUUCUCAUAUAAAUCAGCUUGUUCGGUAUGUUGAAGAAAGCAAUCGUGAGUUAGCUCUUUUGAGAAUAAGAAUAAAUGAAUUACAAUCUCAAGUGGAAAUGCACAUUAAGAAUGAAGAACAUGAACGCGAGUUACGUUUAAGACUUGAAAAUGAAAAAGAUGAGCGUAUACAACGAGAAUUAGAACUUGCACGAAAAGAUAUAACAAAUCAGUUAACAAUGACUCAUAAAAAAGAGCUAGAAAUGAUGCAAGUGCGUUUUAAAAUUGUUACACAAGCAGCUAAUUUGGAACGCAGUUCAAGUGAACAAAGCUUAGAAAAAAACAAGAGGUAUGAUGUAAUUGAAUUAGUCAAUCAUGAAGCAAUGAUGGCCCAGCUUAAAGAAGAUUGCUUAUUAGAAAAAGAACGAGCUAUACAAGAAGAACGAAAGCUAUGUGAACAAAAAAUAGCUCGUGAGCGACAAUUGAAGUAUGACGAGAAAAAGGAUGAUCAAGUAAUUUGUUUUUGGGGUGAAAGUAAAAAAAGCUCAGAUGAUAAAAAUAAGUCUUUAAAAUAUGUAAGAGAGAAAAGUGCAAAUGAUCUUCGGUUGAGCGCAUAUGGUUACAAAUCAAGAUCAAAUAGCUUUGCAGUUCCAGAAUGGGAUUCAAGUUCAGCAUCCAGCAGUGUUUUCGUAGAUUUGAGUAAAAGUUCCAGUUCUGAGUCAGAUGAAGGAAAACUAUCUGUCAGUUCAUGCAAUAUUGGAGACUUUGUUUUGGUAGUAUGGGAUACUACUUAUAAGAAUUAUGUUGUAUAUCAAGAAAAUAAAAGAAAUUUGGUAUUUUUACAUCCAGACAGUAUAGAAAACUUAUCAUUAAAACUUGGCCCUGAUGAAAUACCAAAAGAACAACAUUUUUCUGCAGAAGUAAUUCAUAAAGAAUACUGUCAAGCAGUAAAGGAGGACAAUAGAUACAAAGUAAAAAAAGGAAUGAAAUUUCACCGAGUAAAAAUACAAUUGCUCAAGGUACCAAAUCAUAAGCGAGAAGUAUCAAUUUCAGAGACUGACUCAGUGACAUACGUUCAAUAAUAGCAAAACCAUUGUGUGAUAAAUAUUGAUAAAUUCAAUGCUAAUUAUAAUAAAAUUAAUAAUAUUGCUUUGUAAA